GCCGUCCUACACCAACAGGAAGAGAGUGUUUAUGCAGAGAGGGGAAUCGAGAACUAGGCUCCACCAUUUAAAAUCACCUAGCAAGCUAAAUAUCGUAAUAGUUCAUUUUACGAUUUUUUCCCCCAGCCUUUUAUAUUUUUUGGAAUUCUGUAGGAUAGAGUUGCGCGAUCUCCCUGUGGGGGACGCCGGACAAAAUGUCCCUCUUCCAGUCAGCACUUGAUUUCCUGGCAGGGCCGGGCUCCUCUGGAGCCGCCAGCCGGGAUCAAAAUGAUUUCGUAGGGCAAACUGUGGAACUUGGUGACAUGAAGCUUAGAAUCAAGCGGGUUAUUGCGGAAGGUGGGUUUGCUUUUGUUUACGAGGCCCAGGACAUAGGCAGUGGAAAAGACUACGCUCUGAAGAGGCUCCUUUCCAAUGAAGAGGAGAAGAACAAAGCCAUCAUCCAAGAGGUGUGCUUCAUGAAAAAGCUCUCGGGUCACCCCAACGUAGUACAGUUCUGCUCAGCAGCCUCCAUAGGAAAGGAGGAGUCGGACACCGGCCAGGCCGAGUUCCUCAUUCUCACCGAACUCUGUAAAGGUCAGCUGGUCGACUUCAUCAAAAAGGUGGAGCUCAAAGGGCCCAUGUCAUGUGACACCGUGCUGAAGAUCUUCUACCAGUCCUGCCGGGCAGUGCAGCACAUGCACAAGCAGAAACCCCCCAUCAUCCACCGAGACCUCAAGAUUGAGAACCUGCUGAUCAGUCACCAGGGCACCAUCAAGCUGUGCGACUUUGGCAGUGCAACCACAGUAGCGCAUUACCCUGACUACAGCUGGUCGGCACAGAAGAGGUCUAUGGUGGAGGAUGAGAUAACCAGGAAUACCACACCAGCAUAUAGGACCCCAGAGAUGAUAGAUCUCUACUCUAAUUUCCCAAUCAAUGAAAAACAAGAUAUCUGGGCUUUGGGCUGCAUCCUGUUCCUGCUGUGUUUCAAGCAGCACCCCUUCGAGGAGGGGGCCAAGCUGCAGAUCGUGAACGGGAAGUACGCCAUCCCGCAGAACGACAACAAGUACACCGUCUUUCACGACCUCAUCCGAUCCAUGUUGAAGAUCAACCCAGAGGAGCGGCUGUCCAUCACUGAGCUGGUCAACCAGCUGCAGGAGAUCGCUGCUGCCAGGAAUGUCAACCCGAAGUCCCCCAUCACCGAGUUGCUGGAGCAGAACGGAGGGUUCGGGAACAACGGGGCCCCCCGGGGCUCCCUCAGCAGCCCCCAGCCCCCUCAGAUCAACAACAUCCACAACGCAGGUCUAUAUGGGGAUAAUGACCAGUCCAUGGGCGGUGGGUUCCUGGACAUCCUGAAGGGAGGCACAGAGCGAUUUCUGACCAACAUCAAGGAUACAUCAUCCAAGGUUAUCCAGUCAGUUGCCAGCCCCAGUUACGCCAAAGGCGACCUGGACAUUUCCUACAUCACCUCUAGAAUAGCAGUCAUGUCUUUCCCCGCGGAAGGGGUCGAGUCAGCAAUUAAGAACAAUAUUGAGGAUGUGAGGCUGUUCCUGGACUCGCGGCAUGCGGGUCACUAUGCUGUUUACAAUCUGUCCAGGCGCUCCUACCGGCCCGCGCGAUUUCAUAACAGGGUUUCAGAAUGUGGCUGGCAGGCAAGGAGAGCGCCCAACUUAAGAAACCUGUAUAGCAUCUGUAAGAGCAUGCAUCAGUGGCUGAAGCAGGACCAGAGGAACAUCUGCAUCGUGCACUGCUUGGAUGGGCGAGCGGCCUCAGCAGUGGCAGUGUGCUCCUUCCUGUGCUUCUGUCGGCUCUUCACCACGGCAGAGGCGGCUGUGUACAUGUUUAGCAUGAAGCGCUGCCCCCCUGGCAUCUCACCCUCCCACAAGAGGUACAUCGAGUACAUGUGCGACAUGAUGGCAGAGGAGCCCAUCAUCCCCCACAGCAAGCCCAUCCUCAUCCGUGCCAUCGUCAUGACGCCUGUCCCACUGUUCAACAAACAGCGCAGUGGGUGCCGGCCCUUCUGCGAGGUGUACGUGGGGGAGGAGCGUGUGGCCACCACCUCCCAGGAGUACGACAAGAUGAAGGACUUUAAGAUGGAGGACGGACGGGCAGAGAUUCCUCUAGGUAUCACAGUGCAGGGAGAUGUGCUCAUUGUCAUCUACCACGCCCGGUCAACACUGGGGGGCCGUCUUCAGGCUAAGAUGGCUUCUAUGAAGAUGUUCCAGAUUCAGUUCCAUACAGGAUUUGUGCCUCGAAAUGCCACCCAGGUCAAGUUUGCAAAGUAUGACCUGGAUGCCUGUGACAUCCAGGAGAAGUACCCUGAUCUCUUUCAAGUCAAUCUUGAGGUGGAGGUGGAACCCCGAGAUCGCCCAAGCAAUAAGACCCCGCCUUGGGAGAACUUUGCCACCAAGGGCCUCAAUCCCAAAAUCCUCUUCUCCAGCCGUGAUGAACAGCAGGAGAUUCUCACCAAAUUUGGCAAACCAGAGCUCCCACGGCAGCCUGGGUCCACCGCCUUCUACGACGCAGAGUCACCCCAUUCAGACCAAACUGCGGAGGGCUCCACAACUGAGCCUGAAUCCCCACAGAGCACUGACACCAACGCUAACAACUUCUUCCAGACCCUGGACUGGGAUGAUGGUAGCGGGCGUCAGGAUGUUCCCGAUGGGCAGGCAUGCCCCGGAAUGAUGGAGGAUCAAGAUGACCUGAGUGAUCCCUCUGAGGAGGAGUCUUAUUCUGCGGGCGGGGGGCGGGGUGGGCCCAAGCACAGCGAGGACAGUGAGCCCUUCUCCCGGGAGCCCAGCGAACCCCUCUUCGACGCAGAGUUUCAGAGCCCGCCCCAGGAGAGCCAGUCCAGCGACAGCGUGGACCUGCUGGGGCUGAACUCGGAUCCUGUCGACACGCCCGCCCCUGCGCCCCCUGCUGGAGGAGGGAUGAAGUCCUCUUCCAGCAACAGCGACCUGCUCAACGACCUCUUCGCCCCUGCUCCCAGUGCCCGACAGAACAGCACCGACGACCUGAUCGGAGGUGGGGUGGAUGAAGACCUGUUCUUCAGUGGCCCCUCUGGGAGCACCCAGGGUCCCCCAACAGCUGCACCAGCCUCCUCUGCCCACAAGUCCAAUGACUUCUUUGACCCAUUUGGGAUGGGUUCAGCAGGCGCCCCUCCACGUCAGCAGUCUGGCCCGGACUUGUUUGGUGACCUCCUCAGUGCUGACAGUGCUGCUCCUAGCUUCCCAACGCCACCUCCCACCUCCAACUCCAGCUUCUUCAACCUCAAUAAGCUCGCAAGCGAGCCCUCAAAGAUGACCUCCUCGGCCAGCCAGCCUGACCUGCUGGGGGGCUGGGACAACUGGGCCACCAGCAGUAGCGCUGGGGGAAUGCAGGCCCCCAGCAAGCCUGCGUUUGCAGCUCCGGGUAUCUCCUCCAUCUCCAAGACAAAGUCACAGAGCUUUGACCCCUUCGCUGACCUGGGUAACUUGGGACCCACCCUGACAGGUUCUUCUAGUGGAGGUUUCUCAGGCUUCAACACCAAGGCAGCCCAGCCCAGCAAGAGCGGUGGCCAGUGGCAGCCUGGAUGCCCUCCGGCAGCCCAGAGCAAACCCUGGGCACAACCGAGCGCCCCUCCUAAACCACAGCCCUCCAAGCCACCCCCUCAGACUAAGCCCAACUACAACCUCAACUUCAGUGUGAUAGGGGGGCGUGAAGAGCGAGGGGUCAGGGGCCCUGGCUUUGGACCGAAGCCCAAAGUGAAGGAGGACGACUUUGAGGACCUCCUGUCCAGUCAGGGUUUUGCAUCCAAGCCAGACCGGAAGGGCCCAAGGACUAUUGCUGAAAUGCGGAAACAGGAACUCUCCAAAGACAUGGACCCCCUCAAACUGCAGAUCCUGGAGUGGAUUGAGGGGAAGGAGCGGAACAUUCGGGCCCUUCUCUCGACAUUACACACCGUGCUCUGGGAGGGCGAGACGCGAUGGAAGCCUGUGGGCAUGGCUGACCUCGUCACCCCGGACCAGGUCAAGAAGUUCUAUAGGAAAGCAGUGCUGGUGGUUCACCCUGACAAGGCAACGGGACAGCCCUACGAACAGUAUGCCAAAAUGAUUUUCAUGGAGCUGAAUGAUGCUUGGUCAGAGUUUGAGAACCAGGGUUCAAAGUCCCUCUUCUGAGGCUGUCGCUUCAGGGACCGUGACCCAGAGUGGUCAGGUACCCUCCCGGUUAAAUCAGAGGUACCCUCAUUUUUCGGAUGAUAGGAAACGUGCUGCGGUUUGAUAUUUCUGCCCCGUUAAAGAACACUGCCACCGCGUGGGAGGGGGGGAGCACAUGCGACAGAUUGGAGGCUUUGACAUUUGUGAGACAAUCACAGAAGAGGCGAGAAGUUCGCCCAGCAAAGCGGGAUCAUCUCCACUCACGUGAAAACGUGCGACUGCAGAUUCAUCGUGGAAAAGUCCGGCCUCCGGCAAAGCAGUGUUUCAGAGUCCCAGGACAUGCCCCGUCGCAUUGCCCCUCCCAUAAGGGGGCAGGCACUCUCGCCCAUCUGUCAUGCAGCAGGCACACUGCUGGACUCCAUGCACCCAUCUCGGCGUGCGGCUUGCGCAGCCGAGAAGAACUGGUGAAGGUAAAGAACUCUAAAUGCAGACAGCUGCAUUACUGCUGAAGUAAAUGGAAGACAAGCAGAAAAGGAAUGUGUGAAGCAACCAAGCUGUUUCUUUGCUAUGUGGAGCUGUGCAAAACUAUUUUUCCCUUUUCUUUUAUGUCUGUGUGAUGAUAGUUUUUCUAUCACUUUAGUGUAAAUAAUGUGUUGAUAAUGUGGUUCAUUUGGAUACAGUUGCCACUGAGCCACUGAUUUAAACACAGUGGUGUGAGAGGUUUGUGUCACUACCUUUAUUCCUUUCUGAUGUAACAUCAUGCCUUCCUUUAAUUUCACAUUUCCAUUUUCUUUGCAAUGAAUGUUACAGGGACCUAUAGAGUUGAUCUUGUCUUACAUACAUGCAGGUAUUGUGGGUAUCCUUGCAAAGGCCUUCUUGCCCUUCAUGUUUUGUUUCCCUUCUAUUAACUCAUGGACCAAUCGUAUACUUCGAUUUUAUUUAUUUUUGAAUCAUUAAUGUACAAGACAUUUAAUAGCAAAAAUAAAUAAUAUAUGAGUUGAAUGUUUCAACGAGAAUAAUUUCAUGAGCCAGUAGUUCUGCUAUUUUGAAAUCAUUCCAAAGCAUAUAUUGACAUGAAUGUGCUUUUCUAUGGACUGUGUAGGUUAUAGAAAUCUAUGUUACCCUCCCUGAACAUUUCCCUUUGUUCUCUUAACAGUUUAGCAACUGAGAUAUGAACAUUUCCCCAAUCUUAUAAUAAUCAGUUGUUCUUGGUCCAUCAUAAAACUGGUUCAUUACUUACACUAAGGUCCCCAUAGCAUUUGUCAUUUUGAAAUGGGCUGUUGUGAAGUGCUCCUGGUUUAAACUCUAUCAUGUUAGUUAAAAAAGCUUUACAAACCUCACUUUACCAAAAGGAAUUGUACUAAAAAGUGAAUGUACAUUUCAGAACAAAAAAACAUCGUGCUGGCACAGGGUCAUAGACCGAAAUAAACUGUACCAAGACAGCUCAAAGCAAUUUAGUAAUAGACUUAUGCAUGCUGUUGGUGUGUUUUAAUGUCACAGCCUAUGAACAAGUUGUUGUUGAAAGACAGAAUCAUGUGGUCCAGGAAAGGUCUUUGUUGAUCAUAUUAAUUGUUGGUCUGCCAAUUUUGUAUUGUUUCAUCUGUCACACAUUACAAGUGGCUUAACUGCUAGGUUAAAUUGGAAUUGUGUAUGGGUGGGAAGCCCCCCCCCCCCCCC